GCCAAGGCUUGAUACCAGCUGCCCCGGCCGUUAAACCCAUAGACCCUCGGUACGCGUCUCUCUAAUUGGAUGACUGGCCGCGGCUGCACGGCCCGAUCCUGCCGUUGCUGACGUCACACACUUCUGCCUCUCGAGUCUCUUUCAUCUCGCACGGUAUCUUUUCACGCAUAUACUAUGUCCUUAUCGACAACACCAGAGCGCAAUAUUGUUAUUAUUGGCGGCGGCAUCAUAGGAUGCACGACCGCCUACUACCUCUCUUCGCAUCCAUUAUUCAACUCUAACAUAAGCAAGAUAACCUUGCUCGAGGCGUCGCGAGACGGCGCAGCGCAAGGAGCAUCGGGAAAGGCUGGAGGGCUUGUCGCUAAAUGGGCCUACCCCAGUGAGCUCGUCGACGUCUCUUUUUCCGAGCACGCCCGCCUCGCGGAGAAACACUGUGGUAUAAGCCGAUGGGGAUGGCGCUUCGUCGGUUGCGGAAGCUGGGAGGGCCAUGGUGAGCUUUCUGGAGAAGCCGACUCUGGCGUUGGCAAGGGUGGCGCGCGCAAAAGCCUUGAGAAGACACUCGGCCUCAAAGGCGACUUCAAGAAGACGCGCCAACAGCUCGGACUCCCAGACGAUCUGGACUGGGUACGUGAGGAGCUCACUACUGCGUAUUCUCCCAUGUCGCCACCUGGCGACACGGCUCAAGUGCAUCCGUACCUGUUCACAACAAGCAUGCUCUCGCUAGCGCAGGAACGCGAUGUGCAGUUCGUGCAAGGCAAGGCGACGGCCGUGAACAUCGACAAGGAUACGAAGGCCGUUUCCGGUGUCACGUAUAUCCCUGCGGACUCGUCAGAGCCAAAAUCGAUAUCCGCGACGCACGUCAUCGUCGCCGCAGGCGUGUGGUCUCCUAAGCUCAUCCCGCGCCUUCCCAUCGAGGGCACGCGCGCGCACAGCAUCACAAUUCGCCCCACACCCGACACGACCAUCUCGCCUUACGUCCUCUUCACUGAGAUCGAGCUCCAAGGUGUAUCUCGCCGCACCGCGCGCGCGUCGCCCGAAAUCUACGCGCGCCCUGACAACGAGGUCUACUGCUGCGGCCCUGGCGAUAACUCGCCCGUGCCGGACACGGUCGACGAUGUCAUGGUUGACCAGCACGCGUGUGACGACAUUCGUGAGCACGUCGCGAGCAUCUCAACGCAGUUGCGCGAGGGUGUCGUUGAAAAGCGUCAGGCGUGCUUCUUGCCCAUUGCACGCGGAGGCGGGCCCAUCGUCGGAGAGGCGAAGAGUGUGGCUAAGGGCCUUAUCAUUGCAACUGGGCAUACAUGUUGGGGAAUAUGCAACGCACCUGGAACAGCGAAGGCCAUCGCCGAGCUCGUCAUGGACGGAAAGAUUACCUGCGCGAACCUGAAGGCGUUGGAUCCGAGCAGGUACCUGUAGAUGCUUGUUAUAGGCCUCGAGCAGAGGGCGACCUCGAUUUGAGAAAAAUAGCUGGGUAUAUGCACCUAGUAGAGGCGAAGACGAGGCUCGAAGAAGAUACAGGUCUUAGGACUAGAUACAUAGGCAUACUACACAAGCUAACAGUAUUUCAUUGGCCAAAACCGCGCCGCACGUCGAUGGUUGGUGCAGUUCAGAAAUUAAUGGUACAAGAAAAUCAUAAAAACAGACAAACAAAUCAAGGCAAGGAAACUGACCAAGCAAACUGUUUAUACACUGUGCGAUACCGCAGUCAUUCGAACUCACUAAUCUCCAGAAAAAGAGGGAAGCAUAUUAGAUAAGAAGGAAGAUCAAAGCCAUCUCAUGCAUCAACAUCCAUUGCCACACCACUCACCCGCGCCUUCGGCCGCACGCCCUCAGUAGCACCGGGGACGCCAACCCCGCUUGUGCGACGCGCAUGCUCACUCUGGCGCACCCGCUUCUUCAUCAUGAGGUCCGCGCCCGCACCCGAUGGCGUACGCAGGUUCUUCGCCACACCCAUGGACCGGCGCGGGGUGGAACCGACACUGGAGCGCGUGCGCCCCGGCGUCGCCGCGCCUGGGACGGUGCUGCUCGCACGCGACGAGUUGCUCACGCUGCGCUGCUGUCCAACGCGUGUGACGACCUUUGUGCGCGAGAUGUGGGGCUUGCGUGCGACGAGUGUCUGUGGCUUCGGCGGCACCGCCACGUCACCGUCACCUCCCACCUCUCCUUCCGCGUCGUCUGCGUUCUUGGCUCUGGCCUUGGCAGGGCUCGCCAUGAGCGCCCGCCCUCCCGCACCGAGCGACAUGUGCUCGUUCUCGUCUAUACCGAGGCGCGUCGUAGGACUCGACGGCGCGUCAAUCGGCGAACUGAAGACGGGUACUGUCGGCCGUGCGGGGAGCGUACGGGGCGUCUUGGCGCUGUUCGUGAUCUGCUGCAGCUUGCUUUCGCCAAUGAGCGCGAGAGGCGUCGCGCGGCUCGGGUCUGCGGUGCUUGGGCUUGUCGCAGCGCGCUUCGCGAGGGAGCUUGCGGUUGGCGCCAUCAACGUCGAUAUCGUGCGUUUGCGCACUGGGAUGGAGGGCUUCGUCUCGGGUGUCAAUGGUGUGUGUGUAAUUACAACGUUGGCGCCUGUGGGAUGCCGAGAGCCUAGGGAGCUAACAUUGGAUGGCCCUGCAGCUGUGCUCGUCCGAGCACCUAGAGAAGACGCGCCUACGCCGGGAGGCAGCUUUGGAUUGCUCGUCUUUCGCAGGUACAUUGGCAUUGUGCUCCCAGGCGGCGCCGCAAGGCUGGUUGGAGGGUUAAAAGAUGGAAUAGGUGAGCGUGCACGCGCCGAACGUUUAGCAUUAUCUGUCUUCUGAGGUAUCUUGAGCUGCAACGGAGUUGGUCCCACCGUCUUCGCUAGGCUGCUCGCAGUAGGCUUCUGCGAAACAGGACCCUUGUCUGCCGUUGCUGUCCGUGGCAUAAUUGGAGGUCUAGCGACCGCGGCUGUCGUGGCUGUCUCCGGCUUUGAGACACCAGCGCCCAUGUUCCACACUUUGCCCACCAGCGAUUUGGCAGUGCCAAUAAAUCCGAGGCGUGAGGGUUUCGGCUCUAUCAAGGAAAGUCGGGAU